AUGGCUGCUAAUUCAUCUCAACGAAAUUUACACAGUCCUCUUAUGAGAACUCCUCUUUCAGAUAUCUUAGAUAGAUCUACUCUUUCAGAUAUCACAAAUGUUACUUCACCAGAUGAAAGGCGUAAGCUUCGAAAAUUAAUACUUGAUAAUAAGAAAUCAAAGAAUGCAUCGUCAUCAUCAACGAAUGUUCGUAACAUCUUUUCUGACAAUGCAAAUUUGCUUGAAUGUUCUGAUACUACAGACCAACAUAUGUACUCCAUUGCACGUCGAGCAGUUAGAAAUGCUACUGGUUCUUUAAUUUCAACUACACCAGAUAACGACAUAAACAUGGGUACACCGUUAGAUAGCAACCGUCGAUAUUCCAUUACUUCUAACAUCAUUAGCAGUAACAAUCAGCCGAUAUUGGGUAGUAUCUCUAUCCUUACACGGCUGUGUUCUGGUAAACGUAACCUUGAGCGCGAGAAACAUGAUAAAACUCCUGUACCUAUGCUGAAUUUGGAUUCAGAUGAAGACGAUGUUUUUUUCAAAAGAACCAAACCAUCAUCGCCUACUGAUAAAGAACUUGAUUUCGAAAUGACAGAGUAUUUGAGGGCUUUAUUAGAUUCACAAAAUAUGUUGGUUAAGACAUAUAGGAUGGUGAGAGACCAUUAUCACCAAUCUCCAGAGGCUAACCUUAGUCUGCGACUUAUUUAUAUAAGAAAAAAAGACGGCAUGACAUAUAACUUACCCACCACAUCUGAAGUUGCUGCUUUGGUUGUCGGAGACAUAGAUAAAACUAUAGACCAUCGUGAUAUUGUUGUCGAGACUUAG